UCCUGAGGGGUUAAAUUUUGCUCUAAAGAAACGAAGGGAGAUUUUGGAGGGUGUUUGGCAAGUCGACAGUUCUCUAAUGAUGAAUUCUUUAAUUUUCUUCGCAGCUGUUGCUUUUUGCCUUUUAACGGCAAGACAGGGAGAAGGCAAGGAAGACAUCAAAGGCUUAAAACUGGUUGUCGUGACUGUUGCAACAAAGGAAACUGAUGGAUAUAAAAGGUUCAUGCGAUCGUGCAACCUGUAUGGGAUUAACGUAAAGGUCUUUGGCAUGAAUGAGCAAUGGAGAGGUGGUGAUAUCGCCAAUGGCCCAGGUGGAGGCCACAAGAUCAAUAUACUAAAAAAUGCUCUGAAAGAAUAUAAAGAUGACAACAGCACCAUUGUCAUGUUUACUGACAGCUAUGAUGUUGUUUUCACUGCUGGAGCAGAUGUCAUCUUGAAGAAGUUUCUCAAAUUUGAUGCUAAUAUUGUUUUCUCUGCAGAAGAUUUUUGCUGGCCAGAUAAAUCUUUAGCAUCUAGCUAUCCAGCUGUUCCUGAAGGCUACAAAUACCUAUGCUCAGGAGGCAUAAUUGGUUAUGCAAAUAAUUUCAAUCAACUUAUCAACUUUGAGAAGGUUGGCAAUACUGAUGACGAUCAGUUGUAUUACACAAGGAUAUACCUAAAACACAGGGAUGAAUUUAAGAUCAAGCUUGAUCAUAAAGGAGACAUCAUUCAAAAUUUAAAUGGCAACUCAGAAGAUGUUGAAUUGACUUUCGAUUCUAAGGAUGUGAAGUUAACAAAUACAAGAUUUCAAACUGUGCCGGCUGUUGUCCAUGGCAAUGGGCCUAGCAAGUCUAUAUUGAACCAUUUUGGAAAUUACCUUGCCAAGAGCUGGACAUUUGAUGCUGGCUGUAUGAAAUGCAAUGAAAAUACGUUCAAUCUGAAAGACCUUAAGGAACAAGAGUACCCCAAAGUUCUUAUGAGCAUGUUCAUAGAGCGUCCAACACCAUUCCUGCCUGCUUACUUAGAAAGACUGGCUCAACUGGACUAUCCAAAGAAGAAAAUCGACCUGUUUAUUCAUAACAUCGACACUUACCACAACGAUGACGUCACUGCGUGGCUUAAAACCCACAAUGAUGAAUACUCUUCCGUGAAAUAUCUAGGACCACAUAGCUUUCUCAAGGAAUAUGAAGCUAGAAACAAGGCCAUGUUCCAUUGCAAAUCCGUCAAGUGCGAUUACGUUUUCGUGGUUGACGCUGACGUCACUUUGACCAACAAAGACACACUCAGAGUACUAAUUGAACAGAACAGGACAGUUCUUGCUCCUCUGGUGACAAUUCAUGAAAGACUAUGGUCCAAUUUCUGGGGUGCAAUCGGCGAAGAUGGCUAUUAUGCACGCUCUGAUGAUUACAUAGACAUUGUCAAGUAUGACAGAAUUGGUGUGUGGAAUGUUCCAUUUAUCUCCAAAGCAUACCUGAUAAAAUCGUCAGUCAUUUCAGAUAUCAAAUCAAAUCCAUUCCACAGUGAAUUUGUUGAUUCUGAUAUGAAAUUUUGCGAAAAUUUGCGCUCUGAUGGAAUUUUCAUGUACAUUACCAAUAUGGUUUAUUUUGGACACAUCAAAAAUGUAGGGAAUUACAGAACAGACAUGAAACAUAACGAUAUGUUUGAGCUCUUCGAUAACCGACUUGACUGGGAAAACAGAUAUUUGCAUGAGAAUUACUCAAAAUACCUUGAUGUAAACCAGCCCGUUCCUGAGCCAUGCCCAGACGUGUAUUGGUUUCCCUUUAUGAGUGUCAAUUUCACCCAAGAUCUCAUUGAGGAAAUGGAGCAUUUUGGGAAAUGGUCAGGUGGUGGCAACAAUCCCACAAAAGAUGAACGCCUCAAUGGAGGAUACGAAAAUGUCCCAACAGUGGACAUUCACAUGAAUCAGAUUGGUUUUGAAAAACACUGGCUCCGAAUCCUAAAAGAUUACAUCGCCCCAAUGACGACAAGACUGUAUGCUGGAUACUUUCCUGACUCUCGUGCCAUCAUGAACUUCGUCGUAAAAUACACUCCAAAUGGACAAUAUUUCCUCAGGCCACACCAUGAUUCUUCAACAUUUACGAUCAACGUUGCCUUGAAUCGCCCAGGAAUUGAUUACGAGGGUGGUGGAAGUCAUUUCCUUCGAUACAACUGCACUGCUCCACCCAGUGUUCGAGGCUGGACGCUAAUGCACCCUGGACGACUCACUCAUUAUCACGAGGGACUGCCAACUACGAGUGGGACCCGCUACAUUUUGGUCUCUUUCAUUGAUCCUUAGGCAUACUAUAUCAUCAUAAAGGAUGGGUUUAUUUUUGUAAUUCAAAGCGACCUAGGGCAAGUAAACCAAGGAAACUGCAGUCUCGAAUGUACCGAAAACAUGGCCUUAAUUGAAAAAACCUGGUCAAAAUGCCCUUAAGACAGAAUAUUUUUUAUAGGUAUUUCAUUUUUAUUACAUUAACCAUUUAUUUAAAGAGAAGUUAGAAAUAAAGCUUUAUAUUCUUUAGGUUUUGUAAAGAAAAAUUAUAUCAAACUCAAUUUAUCGUUGACUUUUUGUAUAUUUUCGUUUCUAUUUAGUUUUUACUUUAAAAUAGAUUCGUUUUUAGAAUUUUCGCUAAAUUCUAGUUGUUUUCCACUUUUGAUAGUGUUUUGAUUUUUGUAUUUUUGAUAUUGUGCAAAUGUUGUCGUUUCUUGCUUUUGUUUCUACAUGGGGUAGUAGUAUGAUAAAUGUUAGCUAAUGAACUAGAUGAAGAUGAACAGUUUCGUGUAGGCCAAAGUUUUCGGGUUCUAUCAAGUCUUUAUAUGUGACUUCCUUUUCAAAAACAUUCAUUUCAUUGGGGAUUUAAGUUCUCAAAAGAGAAAUCAUGCACAACAUCCCCACGAGGACAGAUUUCUAGAUUCUGCAAUCGAAUCCCGUGAUGAUAUGCUACCCCAAGUGAGUUAAAUUCCUCUGUUGCCACUUAAGAUGCCUCCUGGGAGUUUCUAGGGCAGGUUCUCUUGGCACUAUUCGUUUUACUUAGCAAAAGGAUGCCUAGUUUCUGGCCUAAGGGUGCGUUGCAAUGUUUAUUAGUAAUUACAAGCUUGAAGUUUUCAAGUCUUGAUAGAGCAGUUUCUGAGAAUGCUUAAGUGGAGAUUCCAGUGAUCCAUAGACUGCAAUUCAAAAGGAAUUCAUAAUUCCUUGGAACAAUGCGUGGCCGAAAAAGCGAAGAGAACUUGUUUGUGUGCAGAGAAACGUGAUAGGACUGGGUCCACGAGCGGCCUACCUUGUGACCAAUUGCUCUGUGCAGUCUGUCGAUGUAAGAAGAGCUAUCCGUGUCCCAUUUGAUGUAACUCAAGUCUUUGUUGAUUUUAGGGGCUGUACAUAGAAAG